AUGGCGGGCAUGGGCAUGCCCAGCUGGAUGAAGCGCCCAUCGGAGGGCCAAGCAUCGGAGGCCAAGCGCGCCAAGGGCAGCGAGAAGGGUGGCGGCAAUGGCAACAAGGGCCCCGUGGCGAAGGCCAAGGGCAAGGACACGGACGACUUCAGUCUGGUGCUAUCUGGGGCCCGCCAGAUCGCGGCGCUGGAGUGCGCCACUUACCAGAGCUACGUGGUGCCAGAAGAGGCAGUGGACUCCAUCGGAAGCAUUCUCAAGCAGGCGGGCGACGACUACAACUCGGUGGAAACCAAAAAGCGCGGGCCCCCGUACAUCACGACCUUCGUGACUCUGAUCAACCACAUCAUGGACCAGACGAAGGAGGGUGCGGCGGAGUCGGACAGCAAGGUGCUAUCGGCCCUGAAGACCUACUGGGCGACCUUCGUGCACGCGAGCACGCCGACCAAGAUGGGCGAGCAUGUGCUGCAUUUCAGGUACAAGAGAGCCAGGAAGGACGCGCCGAAGGCCGAGGGGAUCAUGCACACAGCUCUGGCGCUCAAUCAUCAGGUGAUCGGAGAAAUGCGGACGGCCGUGCUGCAGUGGAUGAUGGCGAAGAGGGGAGUGACUCGCAUCACGGGUGGAGCGAUGGCUGCUGCUGCCGCCGGCGCCGUGCCCGCGCUGGACGGAGUGGACCAGGUGGCGUACCUCCUGUAUGCAGUCCCGGGGGCGCCCCUGUGGCACCAGCGCUGGAACUUGGGGCGGGUGGUGUCCUGUCCGAGUGACGCGAUCUUGGCAUCGCCGGACCACCAGGUGCAGUGCGAGGUGGUGGACGGGACGUCGGCCGACAUCAGCGCGGUGAGGUGGGCGCCCGCCCUGGCCCCCAGGCCACCGGGCGUCGUGCGGGCCUACCGCUUCGCGAGCCCCCCGACCGCGGCGGAGGUGGCGGCCUGGCUCCCCGACGCCCAGGCCGAGGCUCGGCGCUGCUUUGCUCGGCGCCACCCGGGCGUGGCCGUGCCGGCGCCCGUCUUCGAGGCGUGGCCCUGGGCUGCGCCGGGGGCGCCGGCUGCCGCCGCCGGGCCCGCCCCUCCCGCGGGGGCCCCCGCCGCCGGGCCGCCGGGCGGAGGAUGGGUCGUGGUGCCAGCGGGGGGCCCGCCGCCCGCCGCGGCGCCCGUCGCCCCGGCACCCGCGCCCCUGCCGGGCGGGGUGAUGCGCCGAGGAGGUGCGGCCGCGGCGGCUGCGCCGGCCGCGGGCGGCGGGGAGGCGGGCGGUGCGCCGGCGCCCGCGGGAGCAGCGCUCGCAGCGGCCGUAGUCGGGGCGGCCCGACCCCUGGUGCUGGCGGGAGGCGCUGGCGACGCCGCCCCCGCCCCUGUGGGGAACUGGCGCGUCGCCCAGGAGUGGAGGGGGUACCACUACGGCGAUGUGAUCACCCCUCCAGCGGGCUUCGCUGGGGCGGGCACUCCCGCCCGCGGAGUCGUCCUGCUCGCAGACGGGUCGUCUCUCUUCGUCGAGUGGGUGGCCAUCGGUGACGAGUCGGACUUCGCCGACCGGGCGGUGGCGCCCGACUGCCGCCUGCUGCCGGUCCGCCUCGAUCGCGCGGGCAGGCCCUUCCGGACGCUCGAGAACCUCGUGGAGAGCUGCCGCCAGGGGCGCUCUCUCGAGUCCCACUUCGAGCACUUCAAGAAGCUGUGCGGCCUCCAGGACACCCAGUGGGGCAUGGAGGAGUACGCCAGUGUGAUCAGCUACCUGAAGGCGUUGCUCCAGCACGAUCAGGUGGACGCGUCCAACAUCCUGUCGGUGGAGAUGAUGUUCCGCCGGCUCCAGACGAUCGAGUACUGCUACAGCGACAAGUUGCGCGAGAGGACGGCGGGCUCUUCCGCGGGGAGGCUCACCGCCGACGAGCAGGCCGCCUUCGGCGCCACCGCCCGGGCCGAGUCGAGGCUCAUGGUGUCGCCCGCGCUCCUCGAGAGCGCCAAGCAGAAGCUGGAGCGCGACGCCUCGCUGGCCAAGAGCCUCCUGAAGGCGCGCGAGGCUGGCGUAGUUGAGUUGACGCUCGAGCGAGCUACCGAGGUGGUGGAUUGCUUCUUUGUAAAGAAGGGGGGCGGCAAGCAGCGCCUGGUCGUCGACUGUCGACGGUCUAAUCAGCAUUUCGAGCCGCCCGCCCCUGUCAGCUUAGUGUCUGGCGAUACCCUCGCCCAGGUGCAUGACGACGAAUCUUUCGGUCAGCCCGUGUUUAUCGGCCAGGUCGAUAUAAAAGACGCUUUCUAUCACAUGGAGCUCCCGGAGGGGCUCCGCCAGUUUUUCGGGCUGCGUAAAAUUCGGGCCUCGUGGGCGGGCAUCUCUCACGUCCAGGGAGUCCGGGUGUCCCCGGGGACCUGGGUCACCCCUCGGAUGCGAGCCCUGCCCAUGGGCUGGUCCUGGGCCCUCUGGUGGUGCCAGGCGAUCCACGAGCGGGCGGCCGAGGAGGGAGGAGUGUCUCGUGCCCUCGAGUCUCGCGGGCUGCCUCUGCAUAAAGAGUCUGUCUCAUGUGAUCGGGCCGUCGUGCUGGGGUGGGAAAUCGAUUGCCUUCGGCGCACCUUCCGCCCGACCCCCGAGCGCGUCUGGAAGGCUCGUCUCGCCAUUCGGGGUCUUUUGGCGCGGGCCUCGGUCUCUGGAGGGGACUUGGAGCGCCUCCUGGGCCAUCUGUGCUUCAUCGGCCUGUGUAGGCGAGAGUCGCUCAGCGUCUUCAAAUAUUGUUACAGGUUCUGUGAGGCCGCGCGGAGAUGCCCAGCCCGGGGGCCUCGGGCCCUCUGGGCCUCAGCACGAAAGGAGCUCGACAUCUGGGACCGUAUCGCCCCGCUCAUCUGGGUCAACACUUCAGCGGGUACCUGUCCGGACGUCGUCGUGGUGGACGCGUCGCCGUGGGGCCUUGGGGCCGUUCGGGGACGACCGCCGGUGGCCCUGGUCAAGGAGGCCUGCCGUCACUCGGAGCGUGCUGGGGCUCGGGAGGCGGCCCGGGAGGGGCGGCCACCCCGUGAGCGCGCUUUCGCCGCGGCCGCUGCGCAGCUGCACGGGGGUGAAGGGGAGGCCGACAGGCGGAUCCUGAUGGAGCUCGUGCGGCCCCAGUCUCGACACGACCGACCCGAAAGCGAGUUCGACCGCCGGCACCGGAAGCCGUUCGAGGACGUCCCCUUGGACCUCUUGAGGGCCCCCUGGAGGGUGUGCGGGAGGCAGAGGUGGAAACGGCCCUCGACGUCUAUGCCGGCCCUGGAAGCGGAGGCGCUUUUGUACGGGGUUCGCCACCUCCUGAGGUCCGUCGCCAACUUGGGCUCGAGGCUGCUCGUGAUAGGGGACUCGAUCUCCGCCUCCCUGGCCGCCACGAAGGGGCGGUCCUCCUCCGAUGGCGUGCUCUCGGUGACUCGCCGACUGGGCGCCCUGCUGUUGGGGACCGGCAGCCUCCUGCGGUCGCGCUGGAUCGCGUCGGAGCUCAACCCUGCGGACGGGCCGUCGCGCGGCCGUCCGGCGCCGAGCGACCCGCUUGCCGGCCUGCGGCGCGAGCUCGCGGCCGCCGCCGACGAGGGCCGCGAUGCUGGCGCGCGGCAGGUCCGACAGGCCCAGAUGAGUUUGCUCCGGAGGGCCUCGGUGUCGGCGAAGACGCAGGCCCAGUACUCUCUCUACCUGGCCGCCCUGCGCAGGUUCUGCAACUCCCGCGGGGACCACCCGAUCACCGAGGAGGAGUGGGACAACGCCACCGCGGGCUUGAUGGAGAUCAUGUUCAUGGAGGGCGGCUCGUUGAGCGCGGGCGAGAAGCUCCUGGCGUCGGUGCAGUGGGCCGAGCCCCGCCUCGGCAGGCUGGGGGGCGGGCGGAUGCCCAUCUGCCGGCAGUGCCUGCGAGGCUGGCGCCGUGCUGCCCCGGCGGGGGGCCGCCUGCCCCUGCCCUACGACGUGGUGGCGCUGCUGGCGUGCUGGAUGAUCUGCCAGGGGCUGAGACCCCACGCGCUGGCGAUCCUCAUGAUGAUGGAACUGUACUUGCGCCCGGGAGAGUUCGACCAGACGAUCGUCCUCGACCUCGACCGGCAGGCGGCGCUCGCGGACGCCCUGGUGCAGCUGGGGCUGGAGCGCAGCGAGGGGCCCUUGCUGGAUCUGUCGCCCAGCGCCCUGCGCCGGGCCCUGGACGAGGCCGCGGCAGCCUGGCGCCUGGGGCCCCUCGGGCCGCUCGACGCCUACCGCUUCCGGCACACGGGGGCGAGCGUCGACUUCGCGACCGGCGCCCGGCGGCUGGAGGAGAUCCAGCGCCGCGGGCGGUGGCGGUCCGCUCGGAGCCUCCGUCGCUACGAGCACGGGGGGCGACUGGCCGACCUCCUGCGCCGCCUGCCGCCCGACGUGCAGCGGGCGGCGGAUGCCAUCUUUGGGCCGCUGAGGGCGCCGACCAUCGCCGUGUUCCUCGAGUUGUUCGCGGGCUCGGGCCACCUGUCCGACGCCGUGGAACGGGGAAACGUCCCCACCUUGCGUUGGGACAUCUUGUACGGCCCCGCCUACGACCUGCGCGACCCCAGGAACGCCCGCCUCAUUCGGGGCUGGAUACGGGCGGGGCUCGUCUGCGGCCUGCAUGCUGGCUUUCCCUGCGAGACGUUCUCGCGGGCACGAGACCACCCCAACGGCCCCCCGCGGCUCCGGUCCCAGGAGCACGUCUGGGGCCUGCCCAGUCUCCCCGUCGGGGGCGCCGACUUCCAGAAAGUGAAGUGGGGCAACUUGUACGCGCGGCUCACGAUAUCCUUCUGCGUGCUGUGCUGCCAGUGUUUCGUCCCCUGGUCCCUCGAGAACCCCGCGCUGAGCUACGCGUGGCAGCUGCCGCCGAUGCUGUCCCUGCUCCAACGCCGGCAGGUCACGUCCCAGGUGAUCGAGUACUGCCGGUUCGGGGCGCCCUGGAGGAAGAGCACCAAGAUCGUAGCGUUUCUCCUCGACCUGGCGCCCUUGGCCAAGUUCAGGUGCGUGGGGCCCGUCUGUGUCCUCACAGGGCAGAAGCAUCAGGAGCUGUCCGGGAAAGACGCGUCGGGCAGGUUCCGCACCAAGUUGGCGGAAGCAUAUCCUCGGAAGCUCUGCGACAUCCUCGCCAGAGCGUACGCAGACGAGAAGGCCAGGUCCCGGGCUGGGCAAUUCUCCGCUCUGGUUGGACGGGCGGAGAUCGCCGAGCCCUUCAAGCAGACUCGACAGCGCCAGAACCCCGACAUAUGGGUCCACUGGCGGGCGGGCGAGGGCUCCCGGGAGGCCGCGGGCGCCAAUGCCUCGGCGACUGCGGCCUCGCUUCCGCCGCUGGUCUGCGGCUUCCCUGGCGGAUUGUCGGCCGGCUCCUUCGAGACGAGCGUGCCUUUCGAUGCUGAGCUGCCACCGCCGCCCUUCACCCUGCUGUGUCGGGUCAGGGUCUGGGAGCAGGUGACGCCUGGCGUCCAGGUCAUCGUGGGGUGGUCCCAGGGGCAGACGCACAACGCCGUGGAGCUGCGCCUGCGGCCGGACGGGAACCUGGAGUACGGGGAGCUGGCGGACAGCAAGUUCGGGACCGUAUCCGCGCGCCCCCCUGUGCGGCUGGCCGACGGCGACUGGCACGUGUUGGCGGCCACGCGGGGGGCCGGCGGCCAGGUGGCGCUGUUCGCCGACAUGGAGUGCGUCGGCUCCGGCACGCUGCCGUGGCGGGAAAUGCCGCCCAGCCUGGACCCGUGGGCCCGGUCUUCGAGGAUGUACACCCACGCCUACGACGCGUCGCUGUACGGUGAGGUCGCGCCCUUGCUGCUGUACAGCGGAGCCCUGACCCACGACCAGGUGGUCAAGGUCGGCCUGGCGCCCGCCUGCGAGGGCCUCGAGCUGGGCCCCCCCCCGGCAGGGCCGACGGGUGCGCCCUGCGAGCAGCUCGAGGGGGACGUCGGCACGGGGCGGCUGUCGCUGGGGCCCAAGGCUCCCGGGUGCGAGCCCGGGAGCGCGGGCGACCCGCCGCGGGAUGAGCAUUUCUGCGACGGCUGCGGCAGGCUGGAGCCCGCUGGCGAGGGCGGCCUGCACGAGGGCGCGUGGUACUGCUGGCCCUGCUGGAGCGCCUGGGGGGGCGAGGGCCGCCAGGCCGAGGCGUGGCCGGCGGGCGCGCGGGGCCGGGGCCCGCAGGAGCCGCCGCCGCUGCGUGGGCCCCGCGGUCGAGCCGACGAGGCCGACUGCUGGGGCCUCGAGUGGGAGGCCAGCGAGGAGGCGUGCGAGGGACAGGGCGUGCUGCUGCGGCCAGCAGCCCAAGCGGCGGCCGCCAAGGCCGAGGAUUACCGCAGGCGGGUCGCCAGCUACAAAGCAGCCGCGGCGGUCCAGCGCAGCAGGGGCACCUUCCAGUCCAAGGCCGCAGGCCGCUCGGUAGCCAUCUUUGCCCAGGGCGCCCGCCAGAGCAGGUGCCGCCCGCCCCCCUCUUGCGUGGAGAGCGCGUGCUGCCCGAUGAAGCGCCAGCUGGAGCCGGAGCACGAGGGCCAGCGGCCCUCGCGGAAGCCGCUGCUCUCAGCGGGUAUGCGAGCCUACCCGACCAGAGCGGUAGGCGCCGUGGCCACGUUCCUGGCAGGGUUCUUGGCGCACGACGUGCUGGGGCCCGCGCUGGUGCACGAGGCGAGCGGCCUGCCACCGCGCAGCGGGCCAGGCCACGAGCUGGAGGUCAGCUCGACCAGCAGCACCUCCACGAGCACCAGCGCCGCGCUGGCUUGCUUGUGCCCGGCGCCGCCGGCGCCGAAGGAGCCCGAGCCGUCGCCGCUUCGAGUGGCAGGCGCGGGGCUCGACGCGACCGUGGAGGUGCCGCUUGCCGUGGCGCUGGGUGUCGGGACGCUGGUGACGCUGGCCGCCGCUGCUCGCUGCUGGAGCCGAGUGGAGGAUCAGGCCGUGGCACGGAAGGUGUUCGAGCCGAUAGGUGAGUCACGGAUCCACUUGGCCUAG